UAUAAAAAUAUAUUUUUUGACACGAGACAAAUGUUCGAAAAUUUUUCCCUUCAGACCAAUAGAUCUAUUGAAUUAAUUUUUAGAAACUGGACCCGCAGGAAACGGCAUUACGAUUUCGUGGGCAACAUUGAAGAGGAAGAAAAUUGCUAUCGGCCGCAGGAUUAUAAUGAAAAUAUCACAGAUGCCUGUCAGUUUGUGAAGACCACCCCCAGCUGCAGCGGUGUGGUUAGCCUAAUAAAUUAUUUAUAUAUCUUUGAGUGUAUCCUGCACUGGGAUGCCUCGUUGUUGUGGGGGCUGCCAGCCAUGACCUUGGCAGUGUUCAUUUUGCUGCUCUAUGCCAUAAGUCUGUAUGUGAAUGCGAGGUAUUUCCUCCUUCCCAACUCCAUUGCCUUGGCAAAGUAUUUAAAUAUCCCCAGCUAUGAUUUUGGCUGUCUGGUGCUGGGCAUACUCUUCACCCUACCCUGUGCCCUUUGCAUGAUCUUCGCCUGCUUUGAAUAUAAUCGCUCCGAUUCCUUGCUGCAUGCCAUGACAUUUGGUAAAAUUUUCACCUGUUGGGUCAUGGGUUUGGGUCUGCUCUCCUAUCGUGGAGGAUUUCGUUUUAAGGGAAGGAUAUUCCUAAGGGAUAUGUUGUUCCUAACCCUAGGCUGGGUGUAUUUAUAUGCCGCAGUCUUUAAUGAAAUGUUGAAUGAAAAUCAAGAAGAAUAUCUGAAAGCGGAACCGACGAUACACAUACAUGCCUACAUAAGUAUUGUGAUUUAUAUGCUCUAUAUUAUCUGCAGAGUGUUCUCUCUGAGGAGGUAUUUUCGAAAGCCAAAUAUUGUGGAAGAGGUUGAUAUUUUAUCCACGAGUAUAGAGUCCAUUGAAAGUGAUUCCUAUCCGGAUUUGCUAUAUAAUGAAAUCGAUUUGAGUGUCCAGCCAUGGCAGCAGUUUUGGAAUUGCAUCAAUCCCAUGAAGGCGUUGGGUUCUCAUUCCAUCCUAUCUAAAAUUUUACUGAGUCCUUUUUAUAUUCUCUUGGCCUUGCUAAUACCUGUGGUCAAUCCUGAACGUCAUUUGGCUGGUUGGUGCAAAGCCAUAUCCUGUGGCAGCUGUUUAAUAUUUCCUCUCCUCUUGUUCACAUUGGACUUGGAUUCGUAUACCAUGUUCUCUUUACUUAUAUUGGGAAUUAGUGUUACAUUGCUAAUAAUAUUUCUCACCCAUUCUCAAAGGAUACCAACUAAUCAUGAGCUCCUCUCCUUAUGGGGCCUCGUGAUGGGCUUUAUGCUUUUCAACAUUGUCGAUUUGGAAAUUUGCUGCAUUCUCUGGCAAUUUUUAAAUUAUUUCUUCGACAUGGAUAAUGAUGAUAUACUGAUACUGGCCUUUCCCUUUAGCUAUGUCUUUGUGGAAGGCAUUUUUGUGGUCACACUCAUGGAGAAUGACUAUCGCGAAAUGGCUUUGGGUUUUGUCAUGGGCUCGGUGCUCUUUAUAGCCUACUCAGCAUUGCCGGUGAUGCUGUUCUCGGUGUGUUUCGGCACAAAUCAUGUGUAUUCACUGACCGAUAAUACGACCACGGCUUUCUAUUUCAUGGCGAUUGUCGAAUGUGUCACGAUUUUCGGUUUCUCUCUCAGCGGCUAUGAACUGCGUCCAUCGUUCAGUGUAUUUUUGGGAACGGUGGCAUUCAUCUUUGCCCUGUUCAUGAUUUUGGAGAAUGAACAGGUCAUCCAUGCGUACGGGACAAUGCAUUCGCGUACGGUAUUCGUGGAUGUUAUGCACAAUCAAUGGGCCUAAGUGGGGUAGAGACGGUGUU